AACCACACGGGCAGACGCGCACUAGAGAAGGGCUACUCCAGAAGUCAAAAUAGCAUGAAAUUUAAUUUUCCGCCUAUUUGACAAAGCUUGGUCCGGGUCCCAGUCGGUGGCGGAGAUAAGGGUCCUCGGCCCCGGUGUGAGCCAGCUGGGCCCGCGGCAAACACUCCAUGGUCCCUUGGCAGGUCGAGGCCCCCCCGCGGGGCCCCGGUUGCCGGGCGCUAAAGCAAACGGGCUCUAUUUGCCCAGUCUGCGAGGACAAUGCAGUCGCCAAAUAUUUGCCAGCCCGGCCGGCCGCGAGCGCAGCUAUAAACGCCGGGGCCCAGGCGGAGGUGGGCCCGCCCCGCGGGAGCUGCAGGCCUCCAGCUGCACCUCCUGCCCCAGAGGCCCCAGAAGCUUGGGCCUUGAGGACAUGGCCGCAGGUGUGAUCCGGUCUCUCUGUGACUUCCGGCUGCCCCUGCCUAGCCGGGGGACCUUCUUGCCCUCAGACCCGGAGCCCCAAGAGACUUCUGAGGAGGAGGAAGAGGAGGAGGAGGAGGAAGAGGAGGAGGAGGAGGGGGAGGAGGGCCUGGAGGAGGGGCUGGAGGGGCCCAGGGGCCGCAGCCCAGCCCCCCAGGCCUCAGGCUGGGCCCCAGAGGCACCCCCCCGGGGUCCAAGCAGCCCCGAGAACCCCCUGCAGCUGCUGCGUUUCUCUGAGCUCAUCAGUGGCGACAUCCAGCGGUAUUUUGGCCGCAAGGACAGGGGGCAGGACCUGGAUGCCUGCGACACCCAUGCGAACGACAGCUCAGCCCAGGGCCUCGGCUGCGCCGACCUGGUGCACCUGGCUCCCUGUGGGACCCCAGGUGGAGAGGAGGCUGCGGAGCCCGGAGUCCUCUCCCCGAGGGGGCCGGAGGGCCAGGCGCGAGGGCUGGGGCCCCUGGCGGAGCUCUUUGACUACGGGCUGCGGCAGUACUCGGGCCCCGGGGCCCCGGCCAGCCGCCGGCUACGGCUGGAGCGCAAGUAUGGCCACAUCGUCCCCAUGACCCAGAGAAAGCUGCCGGUGUCCUUCUGGGAGGAGCCGGCGCCUGGCCCCCUGGGCCUACUCCGCCCGGGCACGCCCGACUUCAGCGACCUGCUGGCCAGCUGGUCUGCGGAGACCGGACCCGAGCUGCCUGGUGGAGGCACCCAGGCCCUGGAUGGGGUGCAGCUGGCCGAGGCCUAGCGAGUGGGCCAGGGUGGGGGGAGGCAAGCGGGAGCAGCACGGGUUGCCUUUCCUUAAGGCAUCCGGACGGUCACUGCUCUCUCUGGAGGUGGCCCUGGGGCCGCCAGCAGGACGGGCCAGAUCAGGUUGGGACUCCCCAGGCCCCAAGUGGAGUCGGGCCACGCUCCUCCUGGGUCCUGGGGCGGCCACCAGCAGAGGCCACCAGGGCAGGAACCGCAGCCCCUCAGAGGCCCCGUGUGCCCGGCUCUGGGUGAGGCCUGUUGCCACCCAGACCAGCCCUGAGGUCCCAGAGCGGUGGCCAAGGACAGCAGCCCCCGCCGCCCACCCGCCUGCCGGUCCUGGGGCUGUCCCUCCUCCAGGCCUGGUGGCAGGGCCUCCUGGGAGGCGGGAGCAACGGUGCGGCCUGAGCGUGUGAGCAGUCGCACCAUUCGCUCCCCGGAUCAGGGCAGGGGGAGCGGCUUCCUGGGCCGGCCACCGCGGGGGUGUGACCCGGGGGACCCCAGACUGGGCCAGCUGGCCGUCCAGGGGGCCUGCAGGGGGCCUUCGCCUCCUGAGCAGAGCCCCCGCCCCGCCCCCCACCGGAGGGAACUCUGGACUCCGACAGGCACAGGAGCUGCCGCGUUUAUUUCAGGGAAAGGGACACAGACGCCAGUGGGCGGGCGGGCUCCCGGCGGAAGGGCCUGUCCCGGAGGGCGCCGGGCCUCCGCUGGGCCGCCCGCUUCAUGAGGACCGCCUUCCACCGCAGCCACCUGCCCGGAGACACCGGUCACGCUCGCCGGCCUCGGGCGUCCCCCGCACCGCCCGGACUGGCCCCGGCGCCCUGCCCACCUCACGGCCUGGUACACGCCCCAGCGGUUCACAGAGGCCGCCUCUCCGGCGGCCGAGUCCUUGACGAAGAAGCGCUGUCGCACCAGGGACAUGAGCACCUUCCUGCUGCCCAGCGUCAGCGCCCAGGGGCCCUCCUCGCUCCACAGGCGCAGGACGCUCUCUCGAAGGCUGGCCAUCUCCUCCGUGCGCUGCGGACAGGGGCGCCGUGCCGAGGGGCCGGGCCGGCAAACGGGAUUUAUCUCCCUCCGGACAAACCAGGGUCUUAUCUACCGGGAAACCCUGCUCAGGCUGGACAUGCAGACGGACAUGGAGGCCACGGAGCCAGGGGCUGUGC